UGUUGUGGGCUCGGGUCUGGUAACAGGGGGUACAGAGUGCCGAGUUUAAUCUGGAGUCAGGCGGACUCUCCAGAGAGUAGUGUAAGGCGCAGCAGCAGCAAUGUCCUCUAAUUCUCAUUCUGGAUUCUACCGCCAGGAGCUGAAUAAAACCCUGUGGGAGGUGCCCGUGAGAUACCAGAAUCUGAAUCCCGUGGGUUCCGGUGCCUACGGCUCGGUCUGUUCUUCCUAUGACACCAAUACAGAACAGCGUGUUGCAGUUAAAAAACUCUCCCGGCCUUUUCAGUCUAUCAUACAUGCCAAGCGUACCUACAGAGAACUUCGUCUGCUAAAGCAUAUGAAGCAUGAAAAUGUUAUUGGGCUCCUAGAUGUUUUUACCCCAUCGAAGUCAUUUGAGGAGUUCAAUGAUGUGUAUCUGGUGACACAUCUAAUGGGAGCUGAUCUUAAUAAUAUAGUGAAAUGUCAGAAACUGACUGAUGAUCAUGUUCAAUUCUUGAUCUACCAGAUCCUUCGAGGACUUAAGUAUAUCCACUCAGCUGGUAUUAUCCAUAGAGACUUAAAACCUAGCAACCUUGCUGUAAAUGAAGAUUGCGAGCUGAAAAUUCUUGACUUUGGUUUGGCUCGGCAUACAGAUGAGGAAAUGACUGGUUAUGUUGCCACAAGGUGGUAUCGGGCACCAGAAAUCAUGCUAAACUGGAUGCACUAUAACCAGACAGUGGAUAUCUGGUCUGUGGGCUGUAUAAUGGCUGAGCUUCUAACAGGUCGAACCCUUUUUCCAGGCACAGAUCAUAUUAAUCAGCUACAGCAGAUUAUGCGACUGACUGGAACUCCCCCCAUUUAUCUCAUUAACAGGAUGCCUAGCCAUGAGGCCCGGAAUUACAUCCAGUCGUUGCCAUACAUGCCAAAGAUGAAUUUUGAAGAUGUUUUUUUAGGAGCCAACCCUCAAGCUGUAGACCUACUUGAGAAAAUGCUUGUUCUGGAUACAGACAAGAGGAUUACUGCAACAGAAGCUUUAGCCCACCCCUAUUUUGCCCAGUAUCAUGACCCAGAUGAUGAACCUGUAGCUGACCCUUAUGACCAAAGCUUUGAGAGCCGUGAGCUUGAUAUUGAAGAAUGGAAAAGUUUAACCUAUGAGGAAGUACUUUGCUUUGUACCACCCCCACUAGACUCUGAUGAAAUGGAAUCUUGAAAAAAACAGUUUGCCGCUGUGAAGAUGGUGAGGACGUCUGUAUCUUCUCCCAUCUAUUAUACAAAGUGCCUCUCGGAUGGUGCAUCUGAGUGAUUUGCAUAUAUACAUCUCUAUUCAUGUUUUUCUUUACUGAGGCGAGUUAGUUUUAUGGAAUCAUAACUGCUGCUGCAUGUGUCUCUAAUUGCCUCUUACACAAGUAUAGUACUCCAAACUCUGCAAGUCUGUGGAAGAACAUUUUAAAUCAUUUUGAAACUCCCUGAUAUGGGAUUACUUGAGUUUGUGUAGGAUUGCUGAUUUAAUGGACAGUUAAGUGAAUAUUUUUCACCUCUCAUAAUAAAUUAUUUUACUAUUUGAAUAUAUAUAAAAUUACACAUUUAUAUAUUCUUAUCCCCAAUCUGCAAAUGGUUCUCUUUCCGGAAGAUAAUUUUUCUGACUGUAUCCUUCAAUGAUAACAAAUAUUACAGCAUUAGCUUCUUGUCUAGAAGCAUCCCUUCUGUUUUACUCCUCUUUGUGCAAAUCCAUUUGUAACCGACCAUUUUUUUAAUUUUGUAAAUGUGAGUUUCCUCUGUGUAAUUGAAUGACCAUAUUAAUGUUAAUGAAUCAGUGUCCUAUUUAUUACUAACUAUUCAUUAAAGUAGAAUCAUAAAUUAAUUAAUAAUCAUAUGUGGGAAAGCUGAAAAUGCAAUAUGUUCCAGUAUAAAGUAUGAUUAUUAUUAUUUCAUGUGACUGCUAAACUGCGGAUUUGGUUGUUUGCCUAUAUAAGCUUAAGGGGUUAUGCCAUGAUUGAUUUAAAAAAAUUAAAAUCAGACAUUAUAUAGUACAUGACAAUCUCUUUCUAACCAAGCUAGAACCAGUUUUGUACCUCACAUGGGUCCAGAGAUCGCCCCAUUCAUUGCUUCAAUCAUUGCUAGAUUUAUUUCAGACUGGCUGCUCAGGGGGGUCAUUUCUGCUGUAGCUCUUUCCCUGUAACUAUCACAACUUUCCUAAAAGAAAAUAUGGCUGGUGGCAGUUGAAGAUUUAAGCAGUGUGCGACCACCUCAGUGAGGUGGACACAGAAAUAAGGAAAAUAACAAACAGCAGGUUACACUAUACAGAUACUUUUUUAUUUAUUGAUUUACAUCUAAUUACAAAAGUGUACAGAUCCAGGUGCUGGAAAAUAUUUUUCUAGGCACAACCCCUUUAAUUGUAUUAUUCAUGUUAUAUUUGCAAAUAUUGUAUUUACUCCAUGAAAUAUUUCUCUGCUAGGGUUGUUCUGCAAAACAAGUCACAACACUUACUUAUUUAAAGGUCUUGAUCAUAUCCCUCUUUCCCCAAGGCUAUACAGAUUAAGUUAUUUAAGACUCUCCUGAUGUUUUAUGCUUCAGAACCUCCACCAUUUUUUUCCAUAUAUAUUUUUUUAAGUGGGGUCUCCAGAGCUGGACACAGUACUCCAGAUCUGGUCUCGCUAGUCCUCUAUACAGCAGGAUCAUGAUUUCUUUUACGACUGGUUAUACCCACGGGCGUAGCUAAAGGGUUAUGGUCCCUGGUACAAGAGUUCAACUUGGGAUCCUCUACCCUGCUUAGUGGCAAGAGGCAGAGUUGCACCUAGCCUUUCUGCUUCCUGCCCACCCCUGCCAAAAUCUCAACCUAACCCCUUCCCCCCCACCCCUAAUGUUAGUCAUAGUUGGAAAACAUUACACACAGCGGUACAAAACAUACAGUGUAAUACCGCACUACAUACUUUUUACUUCCAGUGAUAUCCAAUGAUGUAGAUGUUCUCUUUCCUCAUCUUCUCCAUUCAGGCCAGACUGCCAUGAUGAUUUCUUUCAGCAAUCUCUUCUCUCUGCAGAGUUUGACUUUUCCAUCAUCCUCCCACAUUCUCAGCACCCCAUCCUGCCACCCCCAAUACUAAGCUGAUACUAUGCCAAUGUGUGGUCCCCCCACUCGCCCCAUUGUAGUAGUGCUCCCUAAAGUCCCACCAAUAGUAGUAAUUAUCUGCCAGACAGAAUACUUGGUGUUAACAGUGCCCCAAUUAGCAAAGAUGCCACCUUUGUGCCCAUAUUGGUAUUCAUGUUCCCCAUGGUGCCCCAGUAUUAUUAAUUCUUAUAAUGUACAUCAGCACAAAAAAUACCCUUAUAAUGUGUGGCAGUGCAAAAUAUGUUCCCUUAUAAUGUGUUCCACUUCCAAAAAUAGCCCAUUAUAAUGAGAGACCCCUUCUGUGUGCUAGUAUAAAAAAUAUCCCCUCUUAUUCUCCCCAGUAAAGCCAGUGUCCUCAUAAUGUGUGCCAGUACAAAAAUAUGCCCCCUUAUGUGUGACGAUACAAAAUGCUCCUAUUUAGUGUCACCAGUAGAAACAAUGCCUCUAUAGUGCUCCUCUCUAACACCUGCCUCUCCCUAUACUGGCCCAAAAGCAUGGUGCCAAAUAAAAAAUAAACUUAAAUACCUUAGCGGCUAUCAGCAACGUACUACAUGCCUCUUAUGUCCUGUUCCUUUAGCUGUAUGUUGCCUGCUGCAGCAUCUAAUUGAGGAAGGCGAUACAUAAUUGGCUGUACGGCACUGGCAAGGGGCCCUAUUGAUCGCCCUUGUUUAGGUUGCCCGAUCGCAAUUGCGACCACAGCAACCGCUAUGUAGUUACACCUAUGGUUAUACCGCUAGCUAUACGGCCAAGAAUCCGAUUUGCUUUCCUAGCUGUCUGCCCACACUGUACAAUUAUUUUGAAGCUGUCUGGUAUCAGAACCUCUAGAUCUUUUUUUUCUCAAGUUGUGGCUAACACAGAACAGCCAAUAUAUCGUUAAUAAGGAUGAAAAAAUACAUAAAUCCAUUAAGUUCAACCAUGGGUGGGGACACGAAUAUGAUAGUCAGAUAUAGAAUUCCUACUCCCCAAGUGCAUUAUUUUAUAUUUGUACACAUUGAACUGUAGUUUCCAUUGUUUAGACCUUUUAUCCAGAUGUAUAGCCAAAAUAGCGUGGUACCAUUUUGGCCAGAAAAAUGUGUGUGAUGUUAAAUACUUUUGUGUUAAAAAAAAGACAAAAAUAUUAUACAGUGAUACCUUUAUUUUCUAAAAAAAAAAAUAUUUGCAAGCUUUCAGAGCACAGGCAGUAUACAAUUUGUAUGCUGCCCCUGAUGAAAGAGCCUCUGUGCUCUGAAAGCUUCCAAACAGAUUUUAAAUUUUUUUGUUAGGCUACUUUCACAUCUGCGUUUUUCCUGGAUACAUCAUGGAUUAGCAACAACGCUUCCAUUAGAAUAAUACAUCCGACUGCAUCCACAACUGGAGCCCAG